AACGGAUAACCACGCAUGCGCAUUUGUUUCUAUGGUUACCUGGACGCUGUAGAGCUUUUUUGUUUCAGCAUGCCACCCAAGAAAGGAAAGUCAUCAAAGGGAGGUAAGCUGAACAAGGCCCAGAAGGCGAAGCAGCAGCAAGAGGAGGAGGAAAGAAGGCUGCAAGAGGAAGAGGAAGCACGGCUGCAAGCGGAAAAAGAAGAGAGGGAAAGAUUGGAAAGAGAGAGAAAGGAGAAGGAGCAAGAAAGGCUUGAGUUAAAGGACCAGGAGCGCCGAGAAGAUGAGUUGAACGAACUCCGCCAUCUACUGGAGGAGAAUCAUACUGCGGUAACCACAUGGAAAACUGAUGCCGUGGAGAAAGCCAAGUGGGAGAGAUACAUGCAUUGUGAUGGCAUCCCAGACCCAGCAGUACAGCAGGAUCUUAACACAUAUAUCAGCUUAUGGAGAGAUGACCCAGAGGUCAACAUCACACUCGUGCUCAAACAAUGUCACCUCACUCUACAGCUGAUGGAGGAGCUGGAGGCUCUGCUCAGAGAUGUUACAGAUCCACAAGAGUGCUACAAGUACCAGGAGGGCCUCAUAAACUUGCAGGAGCUAAUCCACUCUAAACACCUCCUCACCACUGAGGAGAUCCUUAAGAUGGCCAGUAUGAACAUCGACACUGAGACAGGCAACAUGCAGACUGUGGUCAAAGAUGUCAACAUUACACUGUGUCUCUGGGCUAACCUCAAGAAGAAUCCAAGGUUUAGAGAUUUAAACUUUGAGGAGGCUGGCCUGGGCUUUGAGCUUCCCAAACAGCUAGCUGUGAGCCAUAUCGCUGUACGGUUGCUCCACACACAUUAUGACCACCUGUCCUUGCUGGCCAGGAUGGCUCACCCGAGAAUGCACACACCCAGCCUCAGGUCUCUUGCAGGUGGUGAGGAGGUUCCAGCAGACAUAGAUGUACCUGAGCAGGGGGAGACAAAAAGAACGGGGGAGGUGAAGGAAGACAUUGAGACCCAGCAGCAGCGAGUGGACGAGGAGGUGCAGUCCAUCCAAGGCUUUGAAGGGAGGAAGAGUGCAGCCAGCCUACAGUCCAGUAGAAACGGUGCCCAGCCUGCAGAAGGCAGAGUGAGCCAGAUACAGACACAGAUGGAGGCACUCAGCGGUAAGAUGCCCAGCCCGACACUUCCCGACACUCCUAAAAGACAGCCCCAUCACACAGGAUCUGUGGGGGACUUGACUGAGACUCCCAUAGUGCAGCCGACAAUGAUGGACCGCAGUGAGUGUAUCCAGGUUGUGGACUUAAUGCAGUACACACCUCUGGGUGGGGUCUUCUACUGUGACGUGUUUCACCUCCCGCCACAAGCCCACCAGGUCAAUGGCUGGGAAAUUAGACAGCUGUUGGACGAAGGGCUUCAGGUGUUCCCGUACCCUAUGGAAAAGUCUAACUUAGAUGACAACGAAGCUCUCACCUGCCCUCCUGUCGGUGUGUCUGUGACGCUGCCCGACUCUGUCGUCUUCCUGGAAGCUCCCCAAGUGGCUCGCUGGGAUGCUGCAGUGAAGCAGUGGAGGAUGGACAGUAUCACUGACUUGUCUUAUGAGGAAGAAGAGGCCAAAAUCUCCUUCAAGAUGGACUUCUUCCAGCCCUUUGUGCUGAUGCAGGAAACUUAUGCCAACCUUCCCUUCCUGAGUUGGGAGCUCAGGCCAUUGGACCAAGACGCAGCUCUUUUCACCGUCAACGGGGCACUCAUUGACCUCAGUAUCACGAUCCAGGGUAAUCAGUGUAUGUUGCAGUUGGAGCAAGAGAGAGGUCUCUCUCACCUCAUAGGGAAGUGGAUGAGUGGCCCCAUCCUGCAGAGAGCCAUGCUCAACGCAGGGAUCAACAUCUUUGUUAAUGAGUACACCGACAAAUACGUCAUCACCUGCGGCAAGGACCCACUUACAGAACAUGCUGCCUACGAACAGAUGGCCCUCUUCGCCUCUGCCUGCGCUUUCACGUGGAGCAAGUGGAAUGCCAAAUGUGGAGCUGAGCAUUUAGUCACGCAGGCGUGUGAGCACCAUGGCCCUGUCCCGGUGCCUAAGGAUUCGUGGAGUCUCUACCUGCUGGGUGCUCAGAGGAGUCAGAAGCUGGAAAUCACAGAGAACAGUGAGGAAUUCUCCCCAGAUUAUUAUCCCGGAAGUGAGUUUCACUCCACCUUCAUCCACAUGCUCCAGGACAACAUGAGCACUGACGGCAUAGCCAGGACCAGAGAAUCCAAUUAUCGGUUUGUUGAUACAGUACAGAGCCUUCUUUGUGCCACCAGACCACUGAUGUAUUCAUAACCGGUGUGAAAUUAACUUGAAGUUUUUUAAAACAACAAAUUAAAGACAUUUGAAACA